AUGGUGAUCUUCGCCGUUGACAGUGUCCUCCAGUGGCCACUCAAGAUAGCUCAAUUUGUUCAAUCAGUUGCCUUGGACCACACUCGUGGCAUAUGGCUUGUCCGUUCAUGGUCGACUUUUGUGACAAUUGCACCCUUGUAUCACAUGGCAGUGAUGAUCGAUGGCUUUGUGUACGAUAUCGGUGUACAUGGGGCUGGCACAAGUGAUUCUGGCAUUAGCCGCAGCUCAGCAGAUGCUACAUGGGAGGUGUCUUCAGAUGCCACGUAUGAAAAUUCAGGUUACGUGGGCUGGGUGCGCCUCUACGACAACCCUGAGGUCAACAAAUCCAGAAAUGAGUUGAAGGAAUUUGCCGAUUCGCUCAACGGUGAAGCAUAUCACCUGCUUCUCAAUAACUGCCACGAGUUCUGCUAUAGAAUGAUAAGCUUCGCCACUGGUGAAUCGCUUGAUCUGACUUCAGAGCGUACAGCCAAGACCUUUGGGUAUGCACUAAGAGCGCAAGGGUCCCUGCAGGGUAGAUAA